CCACACAGAAACUGUCGGAGGUCAGCGGGGAGCCAAGAUCCCAUGGAGGCGGCGGGCUGCAGCUACCAAUUUCGGAUCGCGCUGCUCGGGGACGCAGGGGUGGGCAAGACAUCACUGCUACGGUGUUACGUGACGGGCGCGCAGGGGGCGGCGGAGCCGGAUCCCGAACCCACUGUGGGCGUGGAGUUCUACAGCCGCGCGCUGCAGCUACCCGCUGGGCUGCGAGUCAAACUGCAGCUCUGGGACACCGCAGGCCAAGAGUGCUUCAGGUGCAUCACCAGGUCUUUUUACCGGAACAUGGUGGGCGUUCUGUUGGUCUUUGAUGUGACGAACAGAGAGUCCUUUGAACACAUCCAAGCCUGGCACCAGGAGGUCGUAUCCACUCAGGGCCCUGACAAGGUGGUCUUCUUACUGGUUGGCCACAAGUGUGACCUGAGCACCCGAUGCGUAUCCUCUCAGGAGGCAGAGGAACUUGCUGCCUCCCUGGGCAUGGGCUUCAUGGAGACCUCAGCCAAAAGCAACUGCAAUGUCGACCUGGCCUUUAACACUGUCACUAGCGCCAUCGAACAGGCCCUGCAGCAGGGGGACAUC